AAACAGAAUCAGAAAGAAAAGCCAAUUAUGGAAAACCUGCUUCAACAGAACAAGGAAGUGAUGCAGUCGAUAUAGCACCGCGGCUCCUCGAAUGGCAUUGGUAUUCACACUAAAUACAGCUCGUGCUCGUCGUGCUUGUAUUCCAGUCUUCUUCUUGAAAAUAUUCGAACCUUGCAUCGAUCUUGAGUUUCUACAUACGUAGCAUAAUUGGCACUGCUGGUGUUGGUAUUGUUCCUGGUGCCUAGGCAUACAUGCUUGUACUAGUUUCGUCAUACUUCUUGAGUAUUGUUUGUGUUUCCUCCCUCUCGUCCAGUUCACGCGGCGGUCAGCUUUUGCACUCCUUUUCACCUACCGCCCAAAAAGACCGACUACUCGCUUCUUGGCCCACCGCUACUGGCUCCCCGGCGCUUGCCCCUACGGGUAGCCCAUCUUCAUCAUGUGAAGCGGCAGUUUGCUCGUCACCGC